AGAGAGAGAAUAAAUGCUCAACAUGAUCACCAUAUAAAUAGGAAUGCCACAACUAGAAAUUAAAGUCGAUUAAUAAACAAAAACAACAAACGGAGAAGGAGGAAUCGAAGAUUGAAGGCAUACAUAUGGAAGAGGCUCUUCUCGCCGGAAAAGCUCCUCUCCGCCGUCUCCGGCCACCGAAAGGUGGCUUUCGGACCAUUCCUUUCAUUUUAGGGAAUCAGGCAUUGGAGAAAGUGGCGUAUUACGGGGUGAUACCGAACAUGAUAGUGUACAUGACGAGGGAGUACGGAAUGGGGGCGGCGGAGGCGGCCAACGCUCUCUUCCUCUGGUCGGCCGCCACCAACUUCUUCCCUCUCCUCGGCGCUUUCCUCUCUGAUUGUUACUCCGGUCGCUUUCUCGUCGUCGGCCUCGGCUCCUCCAUUAGCCUCUUGGGUAUGCUUUUAUUAUGGUCAACCACAUUAUUUCCGCAAGCAAGACCACAAUGCGACAAAUCCACCACGCCAACAUGCCAAUCCACAACACCGGAUCAACUUUUUCUCCUUUAUUCCUCUUUUGCCCUCACCGCCGUCGGCGCCGGGGGAAUCAGAUCCUCCUGCCUAGCCUUCGCCGCCGACCAGCUCAAACCCGCCGCCGAGGACGACAGAGACAAGAUCUCCGCCGGCGGCAGCAUUGCCAGGUCAGCUCUAGAAAGCCUCUUCAACUGGUACUACAUCUCCAUCAUGGUCGCCUCCUUCAUCUCCCAGACAUGUCUUGUCUACAUUCAGACGAGUUUCGGUUGGAAAGUAGGGUUCGGAGUCCCCGUGGCGAUGAUGGCUUUGUCCGUCGUUUUGUUCUUUGCGGCUUCGCCGUUUUAUGUUAAGGCGAAGGGUGAUUCCGGUUUGGUCGCCGGACUUGCUCAGGUUGUCGUCUCUGCUUUCAGAAACCGUCGACGUAUCGAUUUAGCGUCCGAGAAUCGAAUAUCUUAUCAUCACCAAAAGGGUUCUUCUCUAUUGAUCCCAAGCGACAAAUUGAGGUUCUUGAACAAAGCUUGCGUCUUAAGUAACCCCCAACAAGAUCUAACCCUAACGGGAAUACCACGUAAUCCAUGGAACCUCUGCACCGUUCAACAAGUGGAAGAUCUCAAAUCUCUCGUCCGAGUUCUGCCCGUAUGGUCCACAGGCAUCGCUCUAUGCAUGACCACUUCUCAAGGCUCUUUCGUCGUUCUCCAAGCCAAGUCCAUGGACCGUCAAACCGCCAUCCCUGGGUUCCAAAUCCCGGCCGGAUCCUACGGUGUCUUCAUGAUCAUAUCGUUCGUUAUUUUUCUCGCUAUCUAUGACCGUGUUAUCGUUCCGAUAGGGUCGAGGAUUCGGAGAAAGCCGUUUCGGUUGGGACUGAUGCAGAGAAUGGGGACUGGACUCGUGAUCUCUGUUAUGUCCAUGGCGGCUUUGGCGACCGUGGAGUACUUUAGGAGGAAAACAAAGCAUUGUCCGGACAAGACCGACGACUGUAAGGAGAUGUCGGCGACGUGGCUGCUUCCGUACAUGGUCCUGUCCGGAGUGGCGGAGGCUCUGAACGCCAUAGCUCAGAACGAGUUCUUCUACGGGGAGCUUCCGAAGACGAUGUCCAGCAUCGCCACCACUCUCUUCGGCCUCAGCAUGGCGGCGGCGAGUCUCAUCUCCGGAUGGUUCGUCUCCGCCGUAGACUCCCUCACCGGAGACGGCCGCGGAGGGAGCUGGGUCUCCGGCGACAUCAACAGUGGACACUUGGACUACUACUAUUGGGUUAUAUCGGGUCUUUGUGUGAUCAACGUUUUGUAUUUUGUUCACUGUAGUCGAGCUUAUGGGAAGUGCAAAGGUGAAGACGAGGAAGAGGAAGAAAGGAUUAAUAUGUGACAAUGUUAUAUGUACAUAUAUAUAUAUAUAUAUUUAAUAUACAAAAAAAAACAUGUGUCAUGUGUGUGUAUACAUAUACAUGCGUGUAUACUGAAUGACACGACUAGCCUAGUCCCUUUCGUUCGCAUACCAAUAAAAGAAUUCAGACAGCCAUAUAUAUAAGAU